AUGGGAAGGGGAAAUGAAAACUCCCAUCUCCACUGCUCCUCUAUCCAAAGCUCCACAGUCCAGCCCCAUUUCCAGCAGAUGUCCUUUACAGAAAAGGGCUCAGAUGAGAAGAAACCAUUCAAAAGAAAAGACGACACCGCCUCCCCUCAAUCCAAUGAGAAGCACACACAAAGGCAAGUAGAAUCGGAGCCCAAUCCAAAUGAGGAGAAUUCUGAGAAAACCAAGCUAAACGCCGAAAACAGCACUGCUAGAUCAGAACCAGAGUCCAGCUCAUGUCAGGGAAACUGCAGGAAAAGAACAAUCAGUUCCAAGGAGAGCUGCCAAGACAGAGCAGGGAACUGUCUAGAAGAGGAGUGCAGCCUAACAAUGAAAACAAAGCCAAAGUCCUCCACUGCUGUGCACAACAGUGGAAUCCAGGAGACCUGUGAUGCCCACCAUAGGAGAUAUUUGAGGGCUCGCACUGGACACAGCAAGCGGCACAGGUCUCGGGCACUAGGAGUUCAACCACUGUUACUUCGAAAAAGCUUGGUGACCUCUGUGCGAGCUAUGUCAGAGGCUAUUUAUCAAGACCUAGCCCAGGUGUGGGCACAGCUUGUCCAUUCUCCACUGACCUGGGAGCAGUUCACAUGGCUCACUCAGCUCCGGGGGGCUCUGUGUGCUCAUGUGCAGACUUUCUAUGCCAUGGCCACGCGGGCAGCUUAUGCCUUCCCUGCUGAGGACUGGCUUGUCCCAGACACACUGCCUGAUCCUGGAGAUUCAGCCCUGGAUAGAGAAGUCCACCCCUUCUCUGGCCAGGAGGUAACUGAGCCUGUCAGUGGAUCAGAUGAGGCUUGA